AUGGACUGCAGACGUUUUCCUCUGUUGCUUUUGCAGAUAUUGCUGUGUACAGUUCUUUCUGCCGCUCAGGAAAAGAGCGGAGAUGGAAAAAGCGAACAGAUCCCUGAAGGAGCGUCUACUUUAGCGUUUGUCUUUGAUGUCACCGGUUCCAUGUACGACGAUCUGGUGCAAGUGAUAGAAGGCGCAUCGAAGAUCUUAGAGACGUCUUUGAGUCGACCCAAGAGGCCCCUGUACAAUUUUGCCCUGGUCCCAUUCCAUGAUCCAGAAAUUGGACCGGUUACCAUAACGACAGAUCCAAAAAAGUUCCAGUAUGAACUGAGGGAGCUGUAUGUGCAAGGAGGUGGGGACUGUCCCGAAAUGAGCAUCGGUGCCAUAAAAAUCGCCCUGGAGAUAUCGCUACCCGGGUCCUUCAUUUAUGUCUUUACCGAUGCCCGCUCAAAAGACUAUAAACUGACGCACGAGGUCCUUCAGCUUAUCCAGCAGAAACAGUCUCAGGUGGUGUUUGUCCUCACGGGUGACUGUGAUGACCGAUCUCACAUUGGUUAUAAAGUCUAUGAGGAAAUCGCUUCAACCAGCUCUGGCCAGGUCUUCCAUCUGGACAAGAAACAAGUCAAUGAGGUGCUGAAAUGGGUUGAAGAGGCAGUGCAGUCCUCUAAAGUUCACCUGCUGUCCACUGACCAUUACAACGGGGUGACCAACACCUGGCAGAUCCCGUUUGACCCCAGCCUGAAGGAGGUGACUGUCGCUCUGAGCGGGCCGGCUCCGGAAAUCGAGAUACGCAACCCAAAGGGAAAACUAAUAGGGAAUAGAGAUGGUCUGACCGAGCUCCUUCACAUUCCUAACUCUGCUGUGGUUGUCAAUGUCAAAGAUCCAGAACCUGGAAUGUGGUCCAUCAAGACGGCCAGCGAGGGCAGGCACUCAGUCCGAAUCUCCGGCCUCAGCACAAUUGAUUUCAGAGCCGGGUUCUCCAGGAAGCAAACCCUAGACUUCAAGAUGACCUCCAGCAGGCCAGUUCAAGGCAUCCCCACUUUCAUUCUGCUCAACACCACCGGUCUUUCUCCCCCUGCGCGUCCCGACCGUCUGGAGUUGCUAAGCAUCACUGGAGAUGUGGUGAAAACGCUGCCCAUCCGUUACUUCCCAGACCGCAAACCCUACGGCAUCUGGAACAUCACCGAGUUCGUGCCGCCCAACGAGGCUUUCUUCCUGCGGGUCACAGGUUACGACCGAGAUGGCUUCCUCUUCCAGAGAGUGUCCAGCGUCUCUUUCUCCAGCAUUGUUCCGGAGGCUCCUAAAGUGACUAUGCCCCCUAACACCCCGGGGUAUUACCUGCAGAAAGGGGGAAUCACCUGCCAGGUGGACAGUCUGAUACCUUACACUGUGCGUUUCGUUAGGGAGGGUGUCCGUCUGGGGGUCGACCAGCUCUUCAGAGAGUCAUCCACUGCAUCAUGGGAAAUAGCCCAGGUGUCUCUGAAAGAUGAGGGUUUCUAUGAGUGUAUUGCCAUCAGCAGUGCUGGAACUGGGCGUGCCCAAACCUUCCUGGAUGUCUCAGAGCCCCCUCCGGCGAUCACCGUUCCCGCCAACGUGACGGCAUCUCCGGGCGCCCGGGCUGUGUUGACCUGUUUGGUGGCCAGCACGGUGCGAUUUAAUCUGACUUGGCAGCGUGGCGACGUGGACGCCCGUCUGGACCCCAGAAUCCGUGUCAGUGCCAACCUCUCUCUGGAGAUCCACCAUGUCACCCCCGACGAUGCUGGCUGGUACGUCUGCAUCGCAGCCAACGAGGGUGGAGUGUCUGCUUCACGCGUCUACCUCAUCAUACAAGAGCCUCCAGUGGUGUCUGUAGAGCCACGAAACCAGACCUUCCGGACGGAUCAAGAGGCAAGGAUCCAGUGCUCGGCUAAAGGCUACCCCUCACCGACGAUUGUGUGGACCCAUAACGACAUGUUCAUCAUGGGAUCCAGCAGGCACCGGAUGACCCCUGACGGGACGCUGGUCAUCAGGAACCUGGUUCAGAAGGAUGCUGGAUCAUACGGAUGCUUGGCCAGUAAUGAGGCGGGAACAGACACGCAGGCAGCUCUCCUAACCUACAUCGAAUCCCCACAGAUUUCAAUUCCCCAGACCGAACUGCUGAUUGGUCUAGGACAAACAGUCGUCAUGGAAUGCUCGACCACUGGGGUUCCAAAGCCACAGCUCCUGUGGUACAAAGGGGACUUGCAGCUGAAGCCAUCUGCCUUUGUGAGUAUGGAUUCUCUGAGAGGAACUCUCAGUAUCAGUGAGGCUCAGGACAUGGAUGCAGGAGACUACACAUGUGUGGCAGUAAAUCUGGCUGGCACUGCGCAGGGAAAGAUCACGCUGGACGUUGGCUCGGCACCUAGGUUCACGCGGGAGCCCUCUGACGUGUCCGCGGACAUCGGCUCUAACGUCACUCUGCCGUGCCACGCCCAGGGCCACCCCCAGCCCCAGGUCGCCUGGAGACGAGAGGACAACGCGCCGCUCCUCUCCGGUCGCCACGGUCACAGCACUGUCACGCAGAAUAGGGCUGGAGACCUCUCGAUCACCAAUUUGUGGGUGGAGGAUGAAACAACUUAUAUUUGUGAGGCUCUGAAUCAGUUUGGCAAAAUCCAAGCCAAGGCCAAAAUCACAAUUACAGGGCUGGUAUCUCCAGUCAUAGCUUUGAGCCCUGCAGUAGUGAGUGUGGUAGAAGACCAGCAGGUCACUCUGCCCUGUGUGCUGCUGGCUGGAAACCCUCUACCUGAGAGACACUGGCUCCAUGACAACGGACUGGUAACCUCAGGUCCGUAUGUGACUAUUCGGAGGGAUGGCAGUCUGCAUAUAGAGCGUGUGCGUCUGCAGGACGGGGGAGAUUACACCUGCCUGGCUGAAAAUGUAGCCGGGUCCAGUAACCGCACCACUACUGUCAAUAUCUAUGUAAUGCCCAGUAUCCAGCAUGGCCCUCAGGUUUUCAGUACCAUUGAAGGAACACCCAUCUCUCUUCCAUGCCGUGCCAAUGGAGUCCCUAAACCGGACAUCACCUGGUCCAAGCGAGGGGAGCUCUUGGACCUGAGUGGUCCGGCCUUUUCUCGGGCUGAAGAUGGCAGUCUGUACAUCUCCUCUCCCAGCAGUGAGGAGUCAGGAGAGUUUGUGUGCACGGCCACCAACACUGCUGGAUACAGCUCCAGGAAGGUCCAGCUCACCGUUUAUGUGAGGCCCAGACUGAGUGGAGCAGGCGUCAGUGGGCAGGGCACUGUGCUAGACCCAGUGGAGGUGUCAGUGACCGUUGGUGAUGACAUCAUCCUGCCGUGUGAGGUCCAGAGUGUCCCCCCUCCCACCAUCACCUGGGCCAAAGAGAGACAACUCAUAUCGCCUUUCUCCCCCAGACACACACAGCUGCCCUCUGGCUCUAUGAAGAUUCUGGAGACCCGUGUGUCUGACGCUGGCAUGUACCUGUGUGUGGCCACAAACAUUGCCGGAAACUUCUCUCAGGCAGUCAAACUCAGCGUGCAUGUUCCGCCCAGUAUCCGUCCAGGUCCUCGAGUGAUGAAGGUACAGGUGGAUCAUCCCAUUGACCUGCCAUGUGUGGCCCAGGGGGUUCCGGAACCUUCUGUCACCUGGCUGAAGGACAGCGCCGCCCUGCUGGUGGAUGGGGCUCAGUAUCGCACCUCCCCCGAUGGGACUUUGACGGUUAGCCGGGUGGGGUUGACCGACGAGGGCGUGUACACGUGUGUGGCCAGCAACAUUGCCGGGCGUGAUGAAACUAACAUCCAGCUGCAGGUCCAGGUGCCUCCCGUGGUAGAGGUGUCAGAACCGCCAUUCAACAGUCCCCUGCAGGAGAGAGUGGCCAACCAGCGCAUUGCUUUCCCUUGCCCCGCCAAAGGCACUCCUAAGCCUGUGAUAAAGUGGUUAAGAAAUGGUCAGGAGCUGACAGGGAAUGAGCCAGGCAUUUCUAUCCUGGAGGACGGGACUCUGCUCAUCUUAGCCUCGGUGUCCCCACUGGACAACGGAGAGUACGUCUGUACGGCCGUCAACGAUGCCGGCACCACCGAGAAGAAAUACCAGCUCAAAGUCAACGUGCCACCUGAUGUACGUGACAACGGGUUACCAUCCAACGUCUCCGUGGUGAUGAACCAGCCCACCAAUCUGGUGUGUGAUGUCACAGGAAGUCCUGCCCCUGUCAUUACCUGGUACAAGGAUGGAAUUCCGGUGAUUCCCAGCAGUAACGUGCAGAUCCUACAGAAAGGCAAGACCCUCAGGUUACACAAAACAGCGACCGCGGAGGCUGGACGCUACAGCUGCACCGCCAUCAACGUCGCAGGAAGUGUGGACAGAGACUUCUAUGUGGAUGUACUGGUUCCUCCCAGCAUCACCGGGGCAGGAGCAUCUCGAGACCUCUCAGCCCUGCUAAACCAAGAGGUUACGCUUGAGUGCAAGGUCGAAGGUGUGCCCUUUCCCACAAUUCAGUGGUACAAAGACCGGAAACUGGUGUUUCUGGGUGAUCCUAAUAUUGAGGUAUCAAACCGGGGUCAGGUGCUGAAGAUAAAGAGCGCUCGUCUUGGUGAUCAGGCUCGUUACCAGUGCAGCGUCACCAACGCUGCUGGAAAACAGUCCAGAGACUUCAAUCUCAGCGUGUAUGUGCCUCCCAGUAUAAAGGGCGGUAACGUGACGUCAGAGGUGACGGCUCUGCUGGAAAACACGGUGACUCUGGAGUGUGAAGCCAGGGGCGUCCCCUUCCCAACAGUCACUUGGUUUAAGAACGGGGAGCCGGUUCUCUCCAGUCGACAGGCCCAGUACGUGGACCGCGGUCAGUUCCUGAAGAUCCCAAAGGCUCAAGUGUCUGAUGUCGGCAAUUACACAUGCAGAGUCAGCAGCGUGGCCGGCACCGCGGACAAGUCUUACAAACUGGAUGUUUACGUUCCUCCCUCCAUCACAGGAGGUACAGACAGCCCCACAGAGAAGAGAGUGGUUCUCAGUAAGGCUCUGAUUUUGGAAUGUGAGGCAGGGGGUCACCCUCCCCCAUCUCUGACCUGGCUGAAGGACGGUUCUCCAGUCAAGGCCGGGGAAAAUCUGAGGAUCCUAGAGAAGGGACGGAAAGUCGAGAUCCUUAACGCCAUUCCGUCAGACGCCGGGCGAUAUGUGUGUGUGGCGACGAGCAUCGCCGGCGAGAAAGAGAUCAAAUACGACGUUAGUGUGUUAGUGCCCCCGGUGAUAGAGGGUGCAGACGAGAGCACAGACGCCACGGUCGUCAUCAACGGCAUCCUGGAGCUGGAGUGUCAUGUCACAGGCACACCCACACCUGCAAUCACAUGGCUGAAGAAUGGACAGCCGGUGAGGCAGGGUGACGGGCUGAGGAUUGUGGGUAACGGUCGGACCCUGGUUGUGUCACGCGCUCAGGUCUCAGACACAGCCACUUUUCAGUGUGUGGCCACCAACGAAGCCGGCGAACAGGAGAGAGAGUUCAACGUAGUAGUCCACGUCCCUCCAUCCAUCCGCUCCACGGGUCAUCCAGAGCGCUCAGUGGUCCUCCACAAGCCCAUAAGCCUUCAGUGCGUGGCCAAUGGGAUCCCUGCUCCCAGCAUUACCUGGCUCAAAGAUGGCCGCCCGGUGGACACCAGUCAGGAGUUCCUCAAGCUGGAGUCUGCCGGCAGGGUGCUUCAAAUUAAAGCCGCCAGAGCUGAGGAUGCUGGGAAAUAUACAUGUGUGGCAACAAACGCAGCAGGAGAGGCCCAGCAGCAUAUCCGCCUGAGUGUCCACGAACCUCCUAGCAUCCCAUCAGCUGGAGAGAUCAUUAAUCAAACCAUCCUGGCUGGUUACCAAAUCCAGUUUAAGUGUAAGGCAACAGGAAGUCCAUUGCCAGCCAUAACCUGGUAUAAGGACGGUCGUCCGUUGACUGGAGCAGCGGGAGUGACUCUUCUAAACCGUGGUCAGGUGCUGGAGAUCGACCGUGCUCAGGUGUCAGAUGCUGGACUCUACAGGUGUGUGGCUGUCAAUGUGGCUGGAUCUGCUGAACUCACGCACAGCCUGCAGGUGUACGUUCCUCCGUCCAUCUCCAGUAAGGGUGGCAUGGUGACAGUGGUGGUGAAUGGCCCAGUCAGGCUGGAGUGUGAGGCCACAGGUCUGCCCAUGCCCAGCCUGACCUGGCUGAAAGACGGCAGCCCAGUGGCCAGCCUCUCGGACGGCAUCCAGGUGUUGUCUGGUGGCAGGACUCUGAUGUUCAGUAGCGCUCAGGUCAGUGACACAGGCCGCUAUACCUGUGUGGCUGUAAAUGCUGGAGGGGAACAGCAGCGAGAAUUUGACUUGCGUGUUUACGUUCCGCCUAACAUCAUGGGUGAAGAGAUGAAUGUCACUGUCCUGAUUGGACGUUCAGUGGAGCUGCGUUGUCAGAGCGACGCCAUCCCCCCACCUGUUCUGAGCUGGCGAAAAGACGGACGCCCGCUCUACCGGAAGCCGGGACUGACCGUGUCUGAGGAUGGCAGCGUGCUGAAGAUUAACAGUGCUCAGAUCCAGGACACAGGCAGGUACACAUGUGAGGCUACCAACGUUGCCGGGAAAAAGGAGAAAAACUACAAUCUGAAUGUGUGGGUUCCUCCCGGUAUCCGUGGGUCAGAGGAGGUGUCUCCCCUGACAGUGGUUGAGGGAAGCCUUAUCACUCUGGUCUGUGAGUCCAGUGGCAUUCCCCCUCCCAGCCUCAGCUGGAGAAAGGAUGGCUCGGAUCUGAAGGGAGACUCUCGUGUGCGUGUUCUCUCUGGCGGUCGGCAGCUGCAGAUCUCCAGCGCUGAGAGUUCAGACUCUGCCUCUUACACCUGCCUGGCCUCCAGCCCAGCCGGCAACGCCAUGAAAGAGUACACCCUACAGGUCUACGUUCGCCCUUCCAUCAGACACAGCGGUGGGGCCGCGCGUGAGCAGUCCGGGGAGGUGACUGUGACCCGCGGAGGUGACGUGACUCUGCAGUGCGAGGCUGAAGGUGUUCCGCGCCCGGCGGUCACCUGGCUGAAGGAUGGCAGACCCCUGACCGGGGGCCGCGGGGCCCGGGUGCUUAACGAGGGCAGGCUGCUGCGGAUCGCGGACGCCCAGGUGUCAGACACAGGCAGAUACACCUGCGUGGCCGUCAACGUGGCAGGACAGGCCGACCACAGGCACGACGUUACUGUUCACGUCCCUCCCAGUAUAAGUGGCCAAACACAGUUGCCUGAGAAUGUGAGUGUUGUGGUGAAGAACCCUGUAGCUCUCACCUGUGAAGCUUCUGGAAUUCCACUCCCUUCCAUCACCUGGCUUAAAGAUGGUCGGCCAAUCAGCACGUCUGGUUCCGUCAGGAUCAUUUCAGGUGGGCGGAGCUUACGUCUGAUGCACGCCGCAGUAGAGGAUGCUGGGAGAUAUACCUGUGUUGUGUCCAACGCUGCUGGAGAGGAACGGAAGAACUUUGACCUGGAGAUUCUCGUUCCACCAAGUAUAGUGGAUGAGGGGACAGUGAAGGACGUGAAGGUGAAAGAGAAGCAGAACGUGACCCUGGUCUGUGAGGUCACCGGGAACCCAGUGCCAGAGAUCAGGUGGCUGAAGGAUGGACAGCCAAUCACAGAGGAGGAACGGUUGACGGUAAUGUCACAUGGGCGGUUCCUGCAGAUCACAGGUGCCCAGGUGGCAGACACGGGCAGGUACAGCUGCCUGGCAUCCAACAGCGCUGGAGACAGGAGCCGACAUUUCAACCUCAACGUAUUAGUCUCCCCCACCAUCGCUGGUUCGGGUCCAGAAGGUUCCGCUGAGGACGUGACGGUGACUCUAAACAGUCCCACGUCUCUGGUGUGUGAAGCUCAGUCCUACCCCCCAGCCAUCAUCACCUGGCUGAAAGACGGCACACCGUUCGAGUCCAGUCGCAACGUUCGGGUUCUGCCAGGGGGGCGCACUUUACAGAUCCUGAAUGCACAGGAAGAGGAUGCUGGGAGAUAUACCUGUGUGGCCACCAACGAAGCAGGCGAGACCCUGAAGCAUUACGAGGUCAAAGUUUACAUUCCUCCUGUCAUAAAUAAGAAUGAUGUCCCUGGUGAGGGGCUGGCUCCUAAAGAAGUCAAGAUUAAAGUCAACAACACACUGACACUGGAGUGUGAGGCCCAGGCUAUCCCUACACCAACUCUCAUCUGGUACAAAGAUGGACAGAUUCUGAAAGCUGAUGAGCAUAUCAGAAUAACGGCAAACGGGCGUAUUCUCCAGAUUAAGCAGGCUCAGGUGUCAGACACGGGCCGUUACACAUGCGUAGCUGCCAACGUCGCCGGGGAGGACGAGAAGGAUUUUGAUGUAAAUAUACAAGUUCCUCCCAGCUUCCAGAGGCCGGGGAGUUACGGGAACUCAGGUUCGACCCCGGGGGAGGUAAAGGAUGUGAUUCUGAACAAUCCCAUUUCUCUGUACUGUGAGACCAACGCUGUGCCCCCGCCCACCCUCACAUGGUACAAAGACGGACGACCCCUGGCCUCCAGCGAGAAAGUCCUCAUUCUGCCAGGAGGGCGAGUGCUCCAGAUUCCCAGAGCUCAAGCGGAGGAUGCCGGGAGAUACACGUGUGUGGCGGUGAACGAGGCCGGAGAAGACUCUAUCCAGUAUGACGUCAAAGUGUUGUUGCCCCCCUCUGUCCGGGGUGCAGAUGGGGAGCCUGAUGAGGUAAUAGUUUUGGUGAAUAAGACCACUCUACUGGAGUGCCAGGUGGAUGGAAGCCCUACACCCAAACUCUCCUGGCUGAAAGACGCCCAACCCCUCACUCCUGACAGCACACACAGACUACUGUCCAAUGGCAGAACACUACAGGUUAUGAAUGCUCAGGUGACAGACACUGGACGCUACGUGUGCGUGGCUGAAAACGUAGCAGGCAGCGCAGAGAAAUCCUUCAACCUUAAUGUACAUGUGCCUCCCUCUAUAGUGGGUGCGAGUGUGGAGAAUGUGACAGUGGUGGUGAAUAACUUUAUAUCUCUGAGCUGUGAGGCCACAGGUUUCCCCCCGCCCACCCUCAGCUGGCUGAAAGACAGACGACCUGUACAGGCCAACUCAAACGCGCUCAUCAUGCCAGGUGGAAGGACUCUCCAGAUACAGAAAGCGAAAAUGGCUGAUGGUGGGAGAUACAGCUGUGUGGCUAUCAACCCAGCGGGAGAGGCCCAGAAACUCAUUUACCUCACUGUGUUCGUGCCCCCCAGUAUCAGAGACAGUGGGGGGGACUCCCCCGUGGUGGUGAGUGUCCGUGUGGGAAACUCCAUCACUCUAGAAUGUGAGUCUAAUGCUGUACCCCCACCAACCAUUACCUGGUAUAAGAAUGGACGCCCCGUUACCGAGACGACCAACCUGCGGAUCCUCGCCGACGGACAGAUGCUAGAGCUGAAGGGAGCUGAGGUCUCUGAUACAGGGCAGUAUGUCUGCAAAGCCACCAACAUCGCUGGUCAGGUGGACAAGAACUUCCAUCUCAAUAUCUAUGUGCCGCCCAGUAUAGAUGGAGCAGCGGAAGAGCGCGUGGUGGAGACCAUCAGUAACCCCGUCACCUUUGCCUGUGACGUCUCAGGCAUUCCCCCGCCUACCAUCACCUGGCUGAAAAACGGCAGAGCUAUCGAGAAUUCCGAGUCUCUCGAGAUGCAUAUCCUGUCCGGCGGCAGUAAGCUGCGGAUUGCACGUUCUCAGCUCUCUGACAGUGGCGCCUACACCUGUGUGGCCUCCAACAUAGAGGGCAAAGCCCAAAAGAGCUACCAUCUCACAAUAAACGUCCCGCCCAACAUCGCUGGGUCAGAGCUGCCCAGUGAGGUGAGUGUGCUGCUGAAUGACAGUGUCCAGCUGGUUUGCACAGCACAAGGGACUCCACCUCCUACCAUUAAUUGGCUGAAGGAUGGGAAAGCCUUGAGUAGAGCUGACCUGAAAAACAUCAGAAUAAGUCCAGAUGGCAGCACUCUGACAGUGACCAGAGCAGACACCUCAGACAGUGGGAAAUACACAUGUGUGGCCACUAACACAGCAGGGGAGGAAGACAGGAUCUUCAACCUUAACGUUUAUGUGCCUCCAGUGAUCCAGGGCAUCGGUGAGGGAGCCGUGGAGUUGACCGCGGUGUUGGACAGCUCUGUGAAUAUAGAGUGUGUGGCGACUGGAUCUCCUCCUCCACAGCUGAACUGGUUGAGGAACGGCCUCCCUCUACCCGUGUCCUCCCACUUACGCCUCCUCUCCGCCGGACAGGUGCUCCGGAUCGCACGGGCUCAGGUAUCAGAUGGAGGCAGCUACACCUGUGUGGCUUCCAACAGAGCUGGAGUGGACAACAGACACUUCAACCUACAGGUGUAUGUUCCUCCCAGUCUGGAUGGAGCAGGCGGUUCUGAGGAUGUCACUGUAGUGAAGGGGAACAUGAUGUCUUUAGUGUGUAUUUCCGACGGGACGCCCACGCCGACUAUGUCUUGGCUGAAGGAAGGAACAGCUGUGUCUGUGGACAACCAUCUCACUCUCCUAAACCAGGGCACCACUCUUCAGAUCUCUCAGGCCAGAGUCAGCGACACAGGACGCUACACCUGCCUGGCCUCCAACGAGGCGGGAGAAGCCAGUCGGCAUUUCAACCUCAAAGUGUUAGAUCCUCCUCAGAUAAACGGCUCGGGCGUGCCCGCCGAGGUGUCGGUGGUGGUGAAUAACGUGCUGGAGCUGGUGUGUGAGGCGUCUGGCAUCCCUGUUCCCUCCCUCACCUGGAUGAAGGACGGGAGACCCCUGCCUCAGACGGACAGCCUGCGCCUGCUCCGGGGAGGAGAGGUCCUGAGAGUCGCCUCUGCCCAGGUGGAGGACACUGGGAGGUACACGUGUCUGGCAUCCAGUCCCGCUGGAGAUGAUGAUAAGGAGUUCCUAGUCAGAGUCCAUGUUCCACCCAACAUUGCUGGAGAAAGUGGUGUGCAGGAUGUGUCAGUUCUGCAGAACAGACAGGUGACCCUGGAGUGCAAGUCUGAUGCCGUCCCACCCCCGACACUCACCUGGCUUAAAGACAAAGCUCCGCUCAAGACAUCCCCGCGCGUGAGAGUUCUCUCCAACGGCCGUUACCUGCAAAUCAACAACGCUGAGCUGGGAGACGGGGCACGGUACACCUGUGUGGCGAGCAAUGUUGCCGGGGAAACCAGACGGCAUUUCAAUCUGUCUGUCAAUGUGCCCCCCACUAUAAAGGACGGCCCUCAGUCAGUGUCUGUCCACAUUGAGCAGUCAGUGGUGCUAGAGUGUGUAGUCAGUGGAGUGCCAACGCCAAGGGUUACCUGGAGAAAACAUGGGGCUGUACUGGCAGGCAACAACCCCAGGUACAGUUUUACAGAGGACGGCUCUCUCCGCAUCAACUCAGCUCAGGUGACUGACACAGGCCGUUACCUAUGCAUGGCCACUAACCAGGCAGGCACACAACGAAGGACAGUCGAUCUACAGGUAUACGUGCCCCCAUCCAUUGCCAAAGGUCCCAACAACAUCACAGUGACCGUGAAUGUUCAGACCACCCUGUCCUGCGAAGCCACGGGUAUCCCAAAACCCACGGUCAGCUGGACCAAAAACGGCCGAGCACUCAAUAUGGAUCAGAACCAGAAUAUGUACAGGUUACUGUCGUCAGGGUCCCUGGUUGUCAUAGCGCCCACCGUGGAGGACACCGCCCUGUAUGAAUGUGUUGUGUCUAAUGAAGCAGGCAAGGAGAGUAGAGCUAUUCAGCUCACUGUGCACGUUCCUCCUUCCAUCGCAGAUGAGGCCACGGAGCUGGUUGUGAGUAGGCUGUCCCCGGUGGUUAUUGGCUGUACUGCAUCUGGAGUGCCAGAUCCGGUCCUACACUGGAGCAAGGAUGGACAGAGGCUAUUGAAAAGUGGAAAGGGCUUUAAGAUACUUCCCUCAGGUCCUCUUGAGAUCGCGUCUGCGGAGCUGACUCAUUCUGGUCGCUACACGUGCGUUGCCAGGAACGCGGCUGGCUCCGCCCAUCGACAUGUUCAGCUCACCGUGCAGGAGCCCCCCGUAAUCCAGGCCCACCCAUCCGUGGUCGACGUCAUCCUGAACAAUCACGUGACUCUGCCGUGUAAAGCUACGGGGUCUCCGCGCCCGACCAUCACCUGGCAGAAAGAGGGCAUCAGCAUCCUUACCACAGGCACUGGUUUCACAGUGCUCCCCAAUGGAGCUCUACAGAUCUCACGAGCCAAAGUGGAAGAUUCUGGAACCUACAUGUGUGUGGCCCAGAAUCCAGCAGGUACAGCCCUGGGCAAGACCAAACUCAGGGUACAAGUGCCUCCGGUCAUCAGUUCAGACACUAAAGCCUACAUCGUUGCCCUGGAUGCAUCAGUGACCCUCCACUGUCAGUCGGAUGGGUACCCAACCCCAGCUGUUACCUGGCAUAAGGACGGGCAGUUAGUGACAGAGUCAGUGCGUCAGAGGGUUUUGAGCACAGGUUCACUCCAGAUUGCUUUUGCCCAGCCUGGAGACACGGGCAGAUACACCUGCACUGCGGCUAACGUAGCCGGCACCAGCAGUCUGGAGAUGAGUCUCACCGUGCAGAUCCCUCCUUCCAUCCGUGGUGGAGAGUCAGAGAUGUCGGUGGUGGAGAACACCCAGGCUCUUCUUUCCUGUGUGGCUGAGGGGGUCCCACAGCCCACCCUGUCCUGGGAGAAAGAGGGAACAGCUCUGACUGACACCACAGGGGAGUACACCAUCCUGCCCUCAGGGGAACUUAUCAUAGACUCUGCACAGCCUGAGGAUUCUGGGAGUUACACCUGUAUAGCCACAAACUCGGUUGGACAGGACAGUCGCACAAUCACCCUGUCCGUUCACACACACCCAGCUUUCACCGAACUCCUGGGAGAUGUGUCUCUGAACAAGGGGGAGCGCCUCCUCUUGACCUGCGGGGUCACGGGUAACCCCCUGCCAAAAAUCACGUGGGCCUUCAACAAUAACAUCGUACCAGCUCACUACGAUCAUGUUAACGGGCACAGUGAGCUGGUGAUAGAGCGCGUGAAUAAAGACGACUCGGGGACGUACUCUUGCGUGGCUGAGAACAGUGUGGGCUCCAUCAAGUCUCUGGGCUUUGUCUAUGUUAAAGAGCCCCCUAUUAUUGACGGUGACGUGCACUCCAACCGCAUCGAGCCCCUCGGUGGCAACGCCAUCCUGAACUGUGAGGUGCGGGGUGACCCCUUGCCCACCAUCCAGUGGAGUAAGAAAGGCGUCAACAUCCAGAUAAGCAACCGUAUCCGUCAGCUGGACAACGGCUCUCUGGCCAUCUACGGCACAGUGAGUGAAGAUGCAGGGAGCUACAUGUGUGUGGCCACUAAUGAUGCAGGGGUGGUGGAGAGGACAGUUACACUGACCCUACAGAGUUCUCCCAUCAUCACAGAGGAGCCGGUGGAGACAGUGGUGGACGCAGGCACUACAGUGGUGCUGAACUGCCAGGCGGAGGGGGAGCCCACACCUGUCAUCGAGUGGUCCAGACAGGGACGUCCCCUACUGGGCAACGAUCGCAUCACCACGUUGUCUAAUGGUUCUCUCCGGCUGGCCAGCGCUCAGAAGGAGGACACAGCUGAGUAUGAGUGUGUGGCCAGGAACCUGAUGGGAUCUGUGCUGGUGAGAGUACCACUCACAGUGCGUGUUCAUGGGGGGUUCUCAGAGUGGAUGGAGUGGGGGUCAUGCAGCGUGUCCUGUGGGACAGGGGUCCAGAGGAGGCUAAGACAGUGUAAUAACCCUCUCCCAGCCAACGGAGGGCGCCAUUGCACCGGUCCAGACACAGACACACGCAGCUGCCAGGGUAAACCAUGCCCAGUGGACGGUAACUGGUCAGAGUGGUCGGCGUGGGAAGAGUGUUCUCGAACCUGCGGCCAGGGGAACAGGACGAGAGUGCGUACCUGCAGUAACCCCCCAGCCCAGCACGGGGGCAGGCCGUGUGAAGGCAAGGCUGUGGAGGCCAUCAUGUGCAGCAUUAGACCCUGCCCUGUGGCAGGUAACUGGGGUGCCUGGUUGCCUUGGAGCCCUUGCAGUGAAACCUGUGGGAAGGGAAUGCAGACGAGACUUCGGCUUUGUAACAACCCACCCCCCUCCUUCGAUGGGCCUUCGUGUGAAGGCCCGGACACACAGACGCAGAUGUGCAAGGAGAGGAACUGCCCGGUGGACGGAAAAUGGUCAUCGUGGGUGAGCUGGGGGGCGUGCAGUGUGUCCUGUGGAGGCGGGACCAGACAGAGGACACGCCUCUGUGCGAGCCCCGCCCCCCAGCAUGGAGGAAGACAGUGCGAAGGAAACGACGUCCACAUUGACUUCUGCAACAGUGAACCCUGUCCCGUUCAUGGUAACUGGGGUCCAUGGAGCAGUUGGGGUAGCUGCAGCAGGACCUGUAACGGGGGCCAAAUGCGUCGCUACAGGACAUGUGACAACCCACGACCAGCCAAUGGGGGGCGAGCUUGUGCAGGCGCCGACACACAGAUCCAGAGGUGCAGCACCGCAAGCUGCCCUGUGGAUGGUAACUGGGGUCCAUGGCAACCAUGGGGCGAGUGUUCUGCCUCCUGUGGAGGGGGUGAACAGACACGAGUUAGACUCUGUAACAACCCGUCACCUUCUAACAAAGGCCGCCCCUGCCCCGGAGACUCCACCCAGUUAUCCCGAUGUAACAUCCAGGCAUGUCCAGGUGGUCCUCAGAAGGCCAGGGGAAGCAUCAUUGGUAACAUUAACGAUGUGGAGUUUGGUAUCGCCAUUCUUAAUGCCACUAUCACCAACAGUCCGUCAGGAGGGAGGGUUGUGAAAGCCACCAUCAGCAACAUACCCAGGAGUCUGGGUCCAGCGAUGAGGAAGCUGAUCUCCAUCCUAAACCCCAUCUACUGGACCACCGCACAGGAGCUGGGUGAGGCCGUCAAUGGUUACACCCUCACAGGUGGAGUCUUCAGACGAGAGACGCAGGUGGAAUUUGCCACGGGCGAGAUCCUGAGGAUGACUCAUGUUGCACGGGGUCAAGACUCUGACGGUGCUCUGCUGUUGGACAUUGUGGUGAAUGGACACCUCCUGCAGCUCCCCUCCAAGGCAGACAUCAGCAUUAAGGACUAUACAGAGGACUACAUUCAGACAGGCCCUGGUCAGCUGUAUGCCCUGUCCACCCGUAUGUUCAGCAUAGACAAAGUGAGUGUGCCGUACUCGUGGAACCACACCAUCACGUACGAGGCCUCCAAAGGCAAAAUGCCUUACCUGGUGGAGACGCUCCACGCCUCCGCCAUCAGUGCGCAAUACCACCCCCUAGAGGAGGUGCUGGACUUUGCCAUUCACGCCACCAUAGCCAAAGGUGACCGCAGUAACCAGUGUCCCAACGGGUUUGUACUGGACCCCGCUGGGCCAUACUGUGCAGAUGAGAAUGAGUGUGAGGAAGGUAACCCGUGCUCCCAUGCCUGUCAUAACGCUGUUGGCACGUACUACUGUUCCUGUCCCAGAGGCCUCACCAUCUCCGCUGAUGGGAGAACUUGUCAAGAUAUAGAUGAAUGUUCACUGGGCGGGCACAUGUGUCACGAUGGACAGGACUGCGAGAACACUAUUGGCUCGUAUCGCUGCGUGAUGCGCUGUGGGCGGGGUUUCCGUAGAACCACAGAUGGCUUGAGCUGCUCAGACAUUAAUGAAUGUCAGGAGUCUAAUCCAUGUCAUCAGCACUGUUUAAACACCAUUGGAAGUUUCCGUUGUGCUUGUGAACCAGGCUACCAGCUGAGGAAUCGACGUUGUAUCGACAUCAAUGAGUGCAGACAGAGAGUGUGUCGCUCUGACCAGCAGUGCAAAAACACCCGUGGUGGUUACAUCUGCAUUGACCUCUGCCCCACAGGCAUGACCAAAGGAGCCAACGGCACAUGCGUAGACAUUGAUGAGUGUCGCGACGGGACUCACCAGUGCAGGUAUAAUCAGAUCUGUGAGAACACCAGAGGAAGCUACCACUGUACCUGCCCCAGGGGUUAUCGAUCACAGGGUGUUGGGCGCCCCUGCCUUGAUGUAAAUGAGUGUGACAUGGUGCCCCCUCCCUGCGCCCACCAGUGUGUGAACAGCCCUGGCAGCUACAAGUGUGUUUGCCCCCCGGGCCUGCACCUGCUGGGGGACGGCAAGUCCUGUGCGGGGCUGGAGAGGUUGCCUAGCUACCAGAGCUACUCAUAUGGCUUCAGGUCCUCUCAAUCCUCCCCCCAACGCCACUACCACAGCCUGGCAUCCCAAAGAUUCCACUCCUACGCCACGGCCACCGGGGGGCGCCACAGGCCCAAUGCCUCUCCCUCACGCAACCGCAGGGAAACCCUACAGAACAAAUGUCCAGUGGGCUACCGUGCAAGCAUGGGCCGUUGCCAUGACAUUAAUGAGUGUGAGCAGAGGGACACGUGUCAACACGAAUGCAUGAACACACCCGGGAGUCACAAGUGUCUAUGUCCCAGCGGCUACCGCCUCAUGACCAACGGCAAAACAUGCCAAGAUAUUGAUGAGUGCUUGGAACAGAACAUUCAGUGUGGAGCGAACAGGAUGUGUUUCAACAUGAGGGGGAGUUACCAGUGCAUUGACACGCCCUGCCCUCCAAACUACCAGAGAGACCCCACCACAGGCUUCUGUCUGAAGAACUGCCCUCCCAACGACCUUGAGUGCGCGUUGAGUCCGUACGCGCUGGAAUACAAGCUGCUGUCCCUUCCCUUCGGCAUCGCCGCCAACCAGGACCUCAUCCGGCUGGUGGCCUACACCCAGGAGGGCGUGGUUCACCCCCGCACCUCCUUUUUACUGAUGGACGAAGACGCCACGCUGCCUUUCGCCCUGCGAGAUGAGAAUCUCAAAGGCGUACUGUUCACGACACGCCCUCUUCGUCAGCCGCACACCUACCGCAUGAGAGUACGAGCCUUGUCCUCCAGUUCGGACGGGGGCAUCGAAUACCAGACCAGCUUCAUCGUCUACAUCGCCGUCUCAGCUUAUCCCUACUGA